AUGGUGGAGGUGUACGCUAGGAAUGGUCGAGUCCCCUUGGCCCGCCGGCUGUUCGAAGAAAUGCCUCUUAGGGAUGUGGUAACUUGGACGUCCUUGUUAUCCAGCUAUGUUAGCGCGGGAGACUCUCCCGAGGCUUUCCACUUGUUCUGCCAAAUGCGAGCGGAGGGUCUUGAGGUGAAUCAAGUCACAAUGGCGGUCUUGCUUCGAGCAUGCUAUGGUUCCGAAGACAAGGUCGCAGGGUGCCAACUACAAGCAUUUGCGAACAAGGAAGGCCUCCAAAGUCAUGAGUUGCUUCAAAAUUCAAUUUUGAGCAUGUUCAGUAGAUUGGCUUGCUUCGAAGAGGUCAUGAAGUUUGUCAUCAUUCAAAACAGGAGCAUUGCCUCUUGGAAUAUCCUCCUAUCAUCCUACUCUUUCAUAGGGGAUGUUUCCAGAGUAGUCAAGUGUUAUAGGAAGAUGAGACUAGAGGUGACUCCUAGCAAUGAGACUCUAACUUUGCCCAUCUCUGCAUUCGCCAAGUGUGAGCAUCUCCCUGGUGGAAGAGAGGUACAUUGCAAUGCCAUCAAAACUUGA